AUGUUUCAACUAUUAUAUAUGAAAGUUCCAACUAAGCUUCAGUGUCAAACAUUUCCAAGUCGUGAUUUUGAAUUGUUACAUCUGCUUCGCAGCGAUCCGUACUCUGUAAUCAUUGUGGAUCCCAAUACAGGUGUUGCUUCGUGGAGUUACAAAGGAUCAGAUCUGCAAGGAGCUGCUGUUGGAUUCGUCGCCACUCUCGGGACAAGUGGUGACCACCUCCUAAUUUCCGUCAGAGAUCGCCCUCUAGUGCAUGCUCUCGCUGUGCAUCCACGAGAUCGCUAUUUCCAUAAGGCCGUGGUGGGAGGGCCGAUUGCUGCCCUUUGCACCUUUAAGGAUGGAUCUAUGCUCUUCGUAGCUAUUGGAACUCAAAUUUUUGUGUGGUCGUUGAAAAAUGGAGAACUUCAUGCCGUCCUGGAUGCCCAUUACCAGUCAAUCACACGACUAUCGCUAACUUCCGAUGAAUCCAUUUUAAUUACGGCGUCAGCUGAUGGAACCGUCGUCUGCUAUCUGAUUUCCGACAUUAUAUCUCAUAGCCGUGAUCACAGUGUCUUACCGCUCCGUAAAUGGAAAGCUCAUUCGCUAGCCGUCCGCGAUUUAACAGUAGGCGGAGGAGCGAAUCCUCGCGUGGUUACCUGCGGGUUAGAUCACAUCGCUGUUAUUCACUCAGCUUCUCUUGAUGAAGUCUUAUUGAGGAUAUCAUCAGAUCGACCAUUAACUGCUUGCGAGUUGGACCCUGCUGAAACGCGAUUGUUUCUCGGGUCAGACACUGGAAACAUUGUGCAGAUCAACCUUUAUGAUUUGGACGGUUCAAUGGAUUUGUUAGUACAAGUCGCAGAUGAAACAAAUUCACACGUUCCUGUAUUCAGUGGUCACUCCAGUGAAAUCACCACUUUGGCUGUAAAUGCUGACGGAUCGUUGUUGGCUUCAGGUGAUUCAUCGGCCAGGUAUUGCAUUUGGGAAAUCAGUAGCAGACAGUGUCUAAAGGUAGGGCGAUUUCAGUGGUCAUGUGGUGACCCAAACAAGGUGAGUUCUAAAGUCAACCUUUUUGACAUCUAA